GAAGAACGAUUUCUACCCAAGAUUGAUGUUUAAGAGAACAGAAUGAAGACUGUUGCUUGCUUUCUGUUGGUCCUAUUGUCACGACAGGCUAUCUGCGGGAUUAUUAGGAACCCGCCUGCCUUCGCUAAGCCCGUUUACUCGGAUUCUUAUCUUCCAGCAGCUAUGCAGGUGAUAUUUCACGCUGUAGAGCAACUGAAAGCUUUGCAAGCAGAGGAAGCUAUCCAGACUUCUACCUUGGCUCUUGUACUUCAAGAUGUACAAACGUCUUCAAAUGUACCUACACCCUCAGUUGCAUUAAACGGAACGGGUAUCGACGAAGAGGAGUCGAAAACAAAAGGACCAGAAAAUGAUUUAAAAGACAAGCUUGAAGAGCCGAAAGUGGAGAAGGUAGAAGAUUCUAAGGAAAGUAUUGAAGGAAAUGAUGAACCGGAGUCUGUCGAGCCUAGCGAGAUUGUUGGUCAGGUGCAUCAGGAAGCACCGGAGAUAAACGAGGAAACGCCAGAAACGAACUACGCGACACCAGAAACGAAUUAUGAAACACCGGAAGAAGUACAUGCGGUGCAAGAAUCGAAUCAGGAGUUUAUGGAGGAAAAUCACGAAACAGAGACGAUGUCCACUACCGUUGCAAACGAGGUAAAGGAGAAAAAGAAGGAACCGACCAUCGAUAGCAUUGUCCACGAUGUCUACCAAAUCGUAAAACCCACUACGUCGAAAUUCAUUGACGAGGAGAAGAGUGCAGGAGAUUUUGUAGAAAAAAUCGAGAGCGUGGAAGAAGAGGAAGACGAGAACAGAUUCACUCGAUUAGGCGAGAAGGUGACGCAGGUGCCGAGGCCGAGUCUAUCGAGCUACUUAAAACGAGCAAAAGUGCCGAUGAGCGCGACUCUGCUGCAACUCGCCAACUUGUACGACUCUUUGAGCAAGGACGCGAGGAAGCAGGGCUUCGGCAAGUACACCGGAUACUCGGACGAAGUUCUAAACACGUUGCAAACUUCCGCGGAGGGCGGAAUAGGUCCCCAGAUGAAAAAGAUUCUGGGGAAGGUGUUGGAACGGAACGAGCUGACGCGGGACGAUGCAAAACUGAGGACCAACCAGACCAUUCGCGAUCUGGACAACACCUCGAGCGACAUCAGCAAGGAACUGAGACCUCUCUUACCCUUACGUUAUUCUCCGUAACAUUUUAUAUUCAAAUUGUGUAUCUGAUCUCUUUUGCGAGGAAAUCCAGUGUCAAUAUUAAUUAUAAUAAAUAAAGCGAGACUUUUAAGUACGUAUUGCGUUGAUCUUUGAAAACCACAGGAAUCCCUUAAACGAUUCAACGAUUAUGAAUACAAUGAACGUUGAUUCAUCCAUGAUUUUGUGACUGCCGAAUCUUUAGAUGAUUCACUCGAUUACUUAUGAAUAAAUUAUGUCGUAAUGAAUCAUUACGAAUUAAAAUGAAAAGAGUGUU